GUGUUUUUGAGAGCGAACCCCGUGCUCGUUCUGAGAGAUCCUGAGUACAUCAAGCAAGUGCUGAUCAAAGAUUUCACCAUCUUUGCCGAGCGGCAAGGAACGGUUUAUGAAAAGGCCGAACCCAUGACCAUGCAGCUCUUCAGGCUCGACUCUGUUAGAUGGCGACCAUUAAGAACGAGGCUCUCGCCCGUCUUCACGUCCGGGAAGUUGAAAGACAUGUUUCACUUGGUGUUGAAUUGUUCCGAUCACUUUGAGAAGUAUCUGAACGAGACAGUGUCUAAAGACGGUAUCGUCGAGUGCCGAAAUCUGACGUCCAAAUUCACCGUCGACGUGAUCGGAUCGUGCGCUUUCGGCCUCGAAAUGAACGCGCUGAAAGAAGAAAAUAAUGAGUUCCAGAAAAUAGGUCGUAGGAUCUUCCGUACCACUCCAAAGAUCAUGUUUCGAAUCGUGCUCAGAGAAAUUCCGUGGAUCUACAAGUACUUAGGAUAUAUCUUGGACGAUCAUGACGUGACCGAGUUCAUAACGAACAUUACCCGCGAUACUAUAAAGUACAGGAAGCAGAACAACGUGCGCCGACACGAUUUUAUCGAUACACUUAUUGAUCUCAAGGAUAAUCCUGACAAGCUGGGCGUUAAUAAUGUAACGGAUGAAUUCAUUGCUGCCCAAUCGUUCGUAUUUUUUGCGGCUGGUUUCGAGACAUCUUCCUCUACAAUGUCCUAUACAAUAUAUGAGUUGGCGCAAAAUCAAUCAGUUCAAGAAAAAGUUCGAGGGGAAAUUAAGGAAGUCCUUAACAGUAAUAACGGAGCAAUAACAUAUGAUAACAUCAAAAAGAUGAGCUAUUUAGAAAUGGUUUUUAAAGAGACUCUCAGAAAAUAUCCACCAGUAAUGUAUCUCACGAGGAAACCUGUAAGAAAUUACACUUUUGAGGGGACUAAAAUCGAUCUACGAAAGGGACUACAAGUGGUUAUACCUAUUUCUGCUAUUCAUAAUGAUCCGAAUAUUUAUCCAGAUCCGGAAGUUUUCGAUCCCGAACGAUUUAGCGCGGAAAAUAUGGAGCAGAGAAAUUCCAUGUAUUAUUUACCUUUCGGAGAUGGUCCAAGAAACUGUAUCGGGGCAAGAUUUGCCGUUAAUCAGACCAAGAUUGGUCUAUUUAAAGUGCUAAUGAAUUAUAAAAUAGACGUUUGCGAGAAAACCCAGAUUCCAAUUGUCCAUGCUCCGCUGACCCCUGUGAUGUUGCAAACAACUCACGAUGAUAUAUAUGUAAAAUUGACUAAGCUCGCCUAACAGGAUAAUUACAAC